AGAGCACAACAAACUCCGACAACAUGGCUGAGGAUAUCGAAGAGAUUCUUGCUGAAAUCGACGGAUCCCAAAUUGAGGAAUACCAAAAGUUCUUCGAUGCCUUCGACAGAGGAAAGCAAGGAUACAUCAUGGCCACUCAGAUCGGUCAAAUCAUGCAUGGAAUGGAACAGGAUUUCGAUGAGAAGACCCUUCGUAAACUGAUCCGCAAGUUCGACGCUGACGGUUCCGGAAAGCUCGAGUUUGACGAGUUCUGCGCUCUCGUGUACACCGUUGCAAACACUGUCGACAAGGAAACAUUGGAGAAAGAACUUCGUGAAGCUUUCCGUCUUUUCGACAAGGAGGGUAACGGAUAUAUUUCUCGACCAACUCUGAAGGCUCUUCUCAAAGAAAUCGCCGAUGACCUCACCGAUCAACAACUCGAGGAGGCUGUCGACGAGAUUGACGAGGACGGUUCCGGAAAGAUUGAGUUCGAGGAGUUCUGGGAGUUGAUGGCUGGAGAGUCUGAUUAAAUUUUCUAAUUCCUUUAAAAUCGCUGAUCUACAAUCUUCAACUGUGGGGACCAGUCACCAACUUUUCAUAAUUUCCUUUUUCUUGAAAUGUUAAAUUCAUUUCACUUUUUAUUAAUUUUCUUGUCAUUCUUUUGAAUGAAUAAAAAUGAAUAAAAGUCUUUGUAC